ACCAUCAACUUGAACAGUUCGCGUUCAUUUCCCUCGAAGUGAAGGAGGAGGAGGAGGAGCGAACGAUGACGAGCAAUCUGGGGUGCGUGGUCGUGGCCGUCGACGGCAGCGAGGAGAGCAUGAACGCCCUCCGGUGGGCCAUCGACAACCUCAAGCUCCGAUCCCCCACCGAUUCCCCGUCCCCCUCCUCCUUCGUCGUCCUCCACGUCCAGUCUCCGCCGUCCAUCGUCGCCGGCCUCAGUCCCGGCGCCAUCCCCUUUGGCGGCCCCAGUGAUUUGGAGGUGCCUGCUUUCACGGCGGCGAUCGAGGCGCACCAGAAGCGGAUCACGCAGGCCAUACUGGAUCACGCCAUGGAAAUAUGCUCUGAUAACAACGUUAACAUUAAGACAGAAGUAGCGAUUGGGGAUCCAAAGGAAAAGAUAUGUGAAGUUGUGGAAAAAUUGAAUGCCGACUUGCUAGUGAUGGGAUCUCGAGCUUUUGGCCCUAUCAAAAGGAUGUUUUUGGGAAGCGUAAGCAACUACUGCACCAAUCACGUGCAGUGCCCUGUGAUCAUAGUCAAGGGAAAAGGCGAUUGCUGACAGCUGAAAUAGGUCCAAGAGAUGGAAUUAAACCUCAGAUUGAUAGCAGCAGCUGAUUUUGAACUCUUAUUGUCCUGAGAACUUGUUUUCAAUACGGACUUCUUCUUUUUUUUUUUUUUUUUUUUUUGUGGUCAAAUUCAUAAAGACUUGUUGAUUGGUUUAGUAUAUGCUUUCUUUGACUGUUAUUGAAUUUAUUACUCUAGCAAUCAGCAAUUAGGUUGGCGACUGCUCUCGCAUACUGUGGAGAGGAAACUGAUCAGUUGAGACAUUGUGCAUUUUUUUUUUCUGAUAUUGCUUGUUCCCUCUCCCCCAAGGAUGCAUCUAAUUUUACCAUAUCGGUAGCCUAUAAUUUGGCACUAUCAGUCGAACCGUUGUGCAUGGGUAUAUCAUAUUGCUUCUGUUUCCUUGUCUCGAGGAUAUGUCUAAAUGUUAUAUGUCAGUCGCACCAAAUUUGGCACUGUCAGAAGUUGAUCGCUUGAUGCAUAAAGCACCUCUGUAAACCUGACACUAUUCCUAGGUAUUGCACAUAUUGUUUUGGUGAAUUAAGUACAUAUUUGACACAUUAAUGUAUCUCAUGUCUCUUUUCUAUGAAGUUUCAAUGACCCUCAUAAUCGUGUAGCCUUCCUCCACUCAUUAGCUUAAGUAUUUGAAUUGGUCUUUGUAACAUGAUAUCAGAACCAUUGUUUAUUUUGCGUGGUCAGACCUGCUUGCAAGCGUGAGGGGUGUUAAAAGUAUUCCACAUCUGCUCAAGCUUUAGAAUGAACUUUCUAACAGACCCAACUUUAUGGUUCCCUUCAUUCAUAUCUAGCAUCUAGAUUGAACUGCGCUGAGUUGAAUAUGCAGCCUACAGCUUUAUGCAUUAGGCAAAAUGCAAUGUGUUUUUUAACAUCAGACGUAUUAACUUCAC